CACAAAACCAGCGAAGACAUGGCUGUCCGCAGUGUGUUUAGAGAGGGGCUCUUCAAUCAAAAAGUGGCAAUUGUGACUGGCGGUGGAACCGGCAUCGGGCGGUCAAUUGCUGCUGAACUGCUCUCGUUAGGCUGCAGUGUAAUAAUUGCCUCAAGGAAUAAAGAAAGGUUAACACGUGCUUCUGAGGAGUUAUCAGUCAAAAUUCCUGCAUCAAGUCCUGCAAAAGUAACUCCUGUGCAGUGCAACAUCCGCAAUGAAGAGGAGGUGAAAGGUCUAAUAGACACCACCCUACGUCUUCAUAACAAAGUGGACUUCCUGGUAAACAAUGGUGGAGGGCAGUUUUACAGUCCUGCUGAAUUUAUCAAGGCAAAGGGCUGGAAUGCAGUCAUUGAUACCAACCUCACUGGCACCUUCUACUGUUGUAAAGAAGUUUACAAUGCCUGGAUGAAGCAGAAUGGGGGGGCCAUUGUGAAUAUUAUAGCAGACAUAUUUAAAGGAUUUCCUGGAAUGUUACACACAGGAGCAGCUAGAGCUGGUGUAGAAAACAUGACCAAGACAUUAGCUAUAGAGUGGGCAGCCAGUGGAGUGAGGGUCAAUGCUGUUGCACCGGGUACUAUUGUUUCAAAGACUGCAGUAGAGAAUUAUAAAGAUCUCGGCACAGCGAUAUUUAAAAAAGCUGCUCAUCUCAUUCCUGCAAAAAGACUAGGAGUUCCAGAAGAGGUUUCCCCUGCUGUUUGCUUUCUGCUGUCACCUGCUGCCUCAUUUAUCUCCGGGGCAACCUUAAGGAUAGAUGCCGGCCAGAGUCUCUAUAGUGCUUUAUUUGAAAUACCUGAUCACAAUGCCUGGCAAACUCCACCAGAAGGAGAAAAUAUGGAUACAUUUUUAAAAAUGAUGAAUAAAGACCAGUAAACUUGAAGAAAAAAGAUUAAUAUGGAGGAACUGACUGAACAAGAACAGGUCUAUUUCAAAUUUUGCAGCUUCAGUAUAAUAUAUCAUGGACUACAAUUUUUAAGAUCUUCAAAUAGUGUGAAUCCACUUCAGAAUGUGCACUAGUGUUUUUUUUUUAUUAAUUUUGAGCUAAUUUCUAGUUAACUAAAAUGUUUCAUUUCUAUAGACUUA